AUGAAGACGCUUCGAUGGCUGCUCGGAGUGACAAAACUUGAUAAAAUUUGCAACGGGUGCGUUCGCGGAAAGCUUAGUGUGCGUGACAUCGCAUUUAGGCUUAGGAAAGAGCAGAAUGUGUUGGUAUGUACACUUAAGCACCGACCUCUAAACUACAUCGAAAUCAAAGCCCAAAAGAUAGGGCAAGCUGAAAUAGAUUUACGGAUCUGGUCAACAAAACAUCUCAGCACCUGCAAGUUGAAAAUUAUGCGUUGCAUAACAAACUGGAAGUCAGAAAAGCAGACUCCACUACCAAGUGGGAGUAAUAACUGCACAGAAGAAAGAAAGAGAGAGACACAUUGUGAUAUCAAUCAAAAACAAUCAAACGCUAGAAAUUAUAUUCUAUAG